UUCUUAUCACUUACAACGAUUGAUAAAAAUUUGGGAAACGAAACGACGAAACGAGUGAAUGUAAAAUUAUUUACAGUUUUCUUUUUUCUAGUUCAAUUUCAUUAAUAAUGUUUCAUUUCUAAGAUUAAAAGUGAUCGAAAAUGCCGAAAAAGAAAACAGGACAACGUAAGAAGGCUGAGAAGCAGAAACUACGACAGAAGGAAAUUAGAAAUGCUAAAGAUCAUGUACCGUUGGCAGAUCAUCCUUCGAACGUGACUAUGGAAUGUGAAAAAUGCAAAAAGAAACAAAAAAACCGAGCAUUUUGUUACUUUUGUCAAAACGUUCAACGUCUUCCGAUGUGUGCUCAUUGUGGCAAAACGAAAUGCAUGUUGAAAACAGGUGAUUGUGUGGUACGACAUCCGGGUGUGUAUACCACUGGAAUGGCGAUGGUUGGAGCGAUUUGUGAUUUUUGCGAAGCUUGGGUUUGCCAUGGCAGGAAAUGCUUGACUUCUCACGCGUGUAUAUGCCCGUUGCAAGAUGCAGUGUGUUUAGAAUGCGAACGAGGUGUAUGGGAUCACGGUGGUAGGAUUUUUCGAUGUUCUUAUUGCGCCGGAUUUCUGUGCGAAGACGAUCAGUUCGAACAUCAGGCAUCGUGUCAAGUUCUCGAGUCUGAGAAUUACAAGUGUCAAUCGUGCAACAAACUCGGUCAAUUUUCGUGCUUGCGUUGUAAAGUAUGUUAUUGCGAUGAUCAUGUUCGUCGUAAAGGAUUCAAGUAUGAUAAAGGAAAAGCAAUCCCGUGCCCAAAAUGUGGAUACGAAACGUCUUCUACCAAGGACCUGAGCAUGUCGACUCGUAGCCAUAAAUUUGGUCGACAAAGUAAUUUCGCGUACGAUGAUGACGAUGGAGACGAUGACGAUAGUUACGAUGCGGGAGCUUAUAGUUCAUCUUAUUCUUACGACGUCGGGGACGAUGAUGGUUCCAGCGACGAAGAAGAUGAAGAAUCUGACGAAAGUACAGAAAAUGACGACAACGCUUCAGAUUGAAACCUCGAUCAUUCUAAUUUGUUCAAAUUACGAAUAAAUUAUUACCAGUUUCGUUUUUCUAUUUGAAA